AUGGCGGAUGGAGUCACCCUCAUCGACCCGCCAAGCACCUUCGUAGACGCCACGGUACAGGUGGGCAUGGACACCCUUCUGCAACCGGGGGUCAUUGUCCAGGGUACAACCCGCAUAGGUGUGGGCUGUGACAUAGGACCCAAUGCAGUAAUAAAAGACUCUAUCAUCGGAGACGAAUGCCGCAUUCAAGGAUCAAUUAUUGAAGGGAGUUCUCUGGCGCAUCGGGUGCAGGUAGGACCGUAUUGCCAUCUGCGGCCCGGCACCCGACUGGAAGAGGACGUGCACAUCGGGAACUACGUGGAAGUGAAGGAGACGGCCGUGGGACGGGGGACGAAGGUAGGGCACUUCAGCUACCUGGGUGACGCCGAAAUCGGAGGCUGGCGUGAACAUCGGAGCGGGUACCGUUACUUGUAA